AUGAGUGACUCGUCGGUGCCAAGUGACAACUUGGGCGAGUCCCCAGCCGUUGAUAUAACCGGCAAGAUUAUGGUUGUGGUUAUAAUAAUCUUAUUCAUGGUUGUUGUAAUUUCUAUGUUCUUUCAUCUCUAUGCUAAAAGGUUCUGGUGGAGUAUUGGAGAGACCACUGCUUUCGGAUCUCGGAGUCGGAGCCGCAACGGCCGCCGUUUUGUCUUUGCCUCUGGUCAAGACGGUGCUUUUCGAACCGGGCUUGAUCCUUCUGUCCUCAGGUCCCUUCCCGUAUUGUUAUUCCAAUCCCAAGACUUCAAGGAUGGUUUAGAAUGUGCAGUUUGCCUCUCUGAGCUUGUUCAAGGAGAAAAGGCUAGACUUUUACCCGAAUGCAAUCAUGGGUUUCACGCAGAUUGCAUUGAUAUGUGGUUCCAAUCCCAUUCUACCUGCCCUCUUUGCAGGAAACCAGUUGCCUCUGAAUCAGUUAUUGGUUCAAAUGAUGAACAAAAUGUCUCACGGAAUAAUGGAUCAACAGAUGCAGAAAAUUCAGCUUACGUUAGUGGCUUAGAAUCUUCAACUUUUCCCACAAAUGUGUUGAUUUGGGGGAACCAGACCCAAAUAAGUUCUACUGUUGCUUCUUUGGAAGAAAGUACCUCUCGGCCACCUUGCUCCUCAUCCUCCUCAGGGGAUAGUAGCAGUAAUAAUAAACGUCAUGGAAUGUUGGUGAUUGAUAUACCAACGGACAUCACUUCAUCCUCUUUGUCGCCCUCUUCAAGCAGGUUUGCUGAAGAUGACCUGAAAUCGCCUAUGACAGGGAGACUGAGGGCAUUGAAGAGGCUUUUAAGCAGGGACAACAAGUUAAAUCCAUGGAGUCCCAAUUCUAUAGAUGUGGAACAAGCUGGGGGAGGACAGAGUUAG